ACCUUAACUUGAUGAAGGUCACGUGAUUCGUUGUUUGUAAAUGCCUAGUUUAAUUUGCUUCAGUACGACCAGCCUUAACUUGAUGAAGGUCACGUGAUUCGUUGUUUGUAAAUGCCUAGUUUAAUUUGCUUCAGUACGACCAGCCUUAACUUGAUGAAGGCCACGUAACUUCGUAUUUCGAAUAACUUUGCAGGAUUUUGUAGUUACUUCGAGAAAAAGCAUAGAACUAAUGUUAUCACAUGUUAACGUUCGCUAAUACAUUUAGUGAAUUUUUAGCUUCUUAUGUAUCUCGGAUGGUGUAUUUUGGUGUUCAGAACAACCAUUGUGGAAACGCUAGAGGAUGAACGGUAAAGCAAACGAGGAAAUAGAUGACUUGGUUGAAUUACUCCAUUUGCCAUCAGAUGUCCUCACAAUAACAGAAUCCAGCAAUGCCAGUAUUACUUACACUGUUUUAACCAAAAUACCAUUACCUAAAGGGACUCUUUUUGGCCCCUUUAGAGGCGAGCUGUUCAAGGGAAGAAAGUCGACGCCUAGAACUACAUUAAUUGAGGCUAGAGACACUGAUGAAGAAAAGAUUCAUCUGGAUUUACACGACGAGACAGGAAGUUGGCUUAGGUUGGUUAAACUCGCGAUCACACCACACGAGGCAAAUCUUGUUGUUUUUGUGGAAGGAAACGACGUAUGGUGUUCCGUGUUAUGUGAUACAGACGAAAAUGUCGAACUGUGUGCUUGGUAUAAAAUCACCUCUCGAAUACACUCAUCAAACUCCAGACGCUGGUUCCCCUUGGUGCCGUCUAUCCCUGAAUGGGAUUGUUAUACUUCUGUUUCCAGAUACAAAAUUCCACAUCUAGAAGAAUAUGAUAAAAGCAAGGACUUUAUGGAAGAAUCUCAGGAUCUUUCUAUAAAUAAAUCACCCAUUAAUGAUGAAGUUCUCUUCCAGAAAAAAUCAUCUAUAACCAGUGAACCUUCCUCGGAUGAAACAUCAAAUGGUGAACUAUUGAUCAGCGUUAAAAAAGAAAGGAAAAGCCCUUAUCUCUUGAACAGCUCGAGCGACGAUCAUUCCUCAGAUGGUCAUUCGAAGAAUGGAAAAUCACAAGCGAAUGUCAGUAACAGCUCACCCCAUUCCCAGGUUCCUUGCAGUCUUUCCCCCUCACUACCAACAAGGAGCCCCUUUACUUAUUUUCCGUUUUUUACCUCUCCAACAAUACAUACAUCAGGACCUACCGAAACCAGCUCUUCAUCAGUAGCAGAAUGGCCGUCAGGAUUUAUAUGCGAACCUUGUGGAAUUACAUUCAGUAGCCAACGUACUCUUCAGGCUCAUUGUCAGUUUUACUGCUCCUAUCGACAAAAUAGCGGCCUCGACGACGCUGGAAAUGUUACACAAGUAAACUCUCCAAAAGAAGAAAACUCGAAGAAAGAACUAGAUGGAUCGAUUGAACACCAGGAAAAGAAUCAUGUUAAUAAGUUAGCUAUUAAAAGAAGACUCAAAGAAACAGACAAUCCUGUAGGGAAAGGUUCAUCAGAGAAAACUAAGGAAUUCAAUGUAGUUCCCCCAACUGUUUGUAAGAGUUCACGUGCAUACAAAUGUCACAAGUGCAAAUAUACGACUGAUAAAAAGAGUAGCUUAACAAGACACAUGCGUAUGCACGAUAUAUCUGUAUUGUCUUAUCCUUCAACGUCAAAAUAUUCAAUUACGAACGAAGACCUUGUUUUACCGUCUCCGCCAUUUGCUCGAUAUUGCUCCGAAUGUGAUAUUCAGUUCUCUUCCCUUCGAACAUACAUAGUUCACAAGCUUCAUUACUGUAACACGAGACAAGUUCAAAAGACCUUGGUUUCCCCAUCGUCAAUGUCUUAUCCGUCAAAUUCGUUGUCAUUGUUGUCCUCUGCUAAACAAGGAAGUUUUGGUCCUUUUGCUUUAGAACUUCCUUCCUCAUGUUCCAGUACAACUAAUCGAAAUUCUAUGUUUAAUCAGCCACUCUACGCUGCCAUUUCUACAAACCCUUUGAUCUUAAUUCCUUACAUAUUUGCAACUGAAACUGGUGUGCUUCCGACAGCUAAAACGGUUUCAGAAAAUGCUCUUACUUUUCCGAGUGAGUUAUCUGUAGGUGGAGCCACGAACGUCUUAACUACGAUGCCUUUAUCACAAAAUAAUGUUUUAGACACUGGAUUGUUGCGUAAACAAAAUGGCGUUGUAAACUCAAAUUUAAACCUCAAAACGGGAAUAGUAUUUAAUUGUGAUAGUGAAAUAAAUAAGUUUCCCAUAGAGAAGAAUAACAAAACUUCAGUGUCUUUCAAUUGUCCUAAUGCCGAGGACAAUUCCACUAUCGAUACUUCUAUGGAUACUGGAGACGAAGAACAACCUUUAGAUCUAACCAUUAAGAAAGCAGAAAGCAAAUUGCGAAUUUCUAACACGAACCACGAAAAUAUUCUAUCUUCUGCUGAGCCAGUUACUGUUAAUGGGUCUUUAGUUUCUCUACGAGCAUCAUCUCAAUCAAUAAAAACACCUUCAAAUAUUGCUAAGUAUUCUCCUACUGCUUCCCAGCCCUUUGUAGAUUUACAUUCUCCCUGUGACAUACCCAUACCAUACGCAUCAAUGUUAUCAAAUGAAUCAAAUUUAAAACCAGUUCUUCCUAAUAUAGUCAAGCAAAGGGGCAAUGAAUGUAAAGAAUGUAAUAUUGUGUUUUAUAAGUAUGAAAAUUAUGUUGCACAUAAACACAAUUACUGUGCAUCGAGACAACAGAAACUUAACAUAAACCAAAAAGACUCCACCGAGGGUAUUCUUUCCAGCCAAAGUGACAAGACUGAAUGUCUUGUUGCCCCUCCAAAUCUUCCAGCUGUUCCUUCUAUAUCAACCCCUGUUUCAGAAAUUGGUUGUGUCUCCUCUUCCUCCUCCACUUUUACACAUUCCGCUUCUCAGUUCAUUUGUCUUCCUUGUGGCAUCAACUUCACCUCUACAGAUAACCUACAAACUCACCAGAGAUACUACUGCUCAAUGCGAGAAAACAUGCACGGACAAGAGCUACCAGCAGAUCCUGUUACCAACUCUCUAAAUCUCAAAUGUUCGAAAUGUAAAAAUUCUUAUCACACGGAAAACUCUUUUAAAAAUCACUCUUGUGUGACCCAAAGGAAAUGUCCCUAUUGUGAUGUGCUUUGUCCAACUCUUAGCGCUGCACAACGACACUUAGUUACUCAUACAGGAGUGAAAGCUUUUUGGUGUACCGUGUGUGGCUAUAAAGGACAUACCUUACGCGGAAUGAGGACUCACGUUCAGAUUCAUCUGGCUAAAGGAAGUCCAGUUCCAGAAGAAACAUUCAUUAUUUGUGUUGGAGAAGAUGGGACCACACUUGAUCCAGCAUCAUCUAAAAAAGUCUUUAAAGCUAACAGAAGCAGAGUACAAAGUCCAUCGCCUUCUAAGAGUUCACAUGUAUCACCACUUUACAGUGUUUCUUGUCCCAAGAUUAACAAUUGUCCUGUAAAUGUGAAGGACGAGAGAUCCUUGACAGAAGAAGAUCGUGUAUGUGGGCUAGAUGGAACAAUACUGAAUGACCAGUUUCAUUGGUGCAGUUUCUGUGGGUACUCUUCUUCUUAUAAAGGAAAUGUAGUUCGCCACGUUAAACUUGUCCACAGAGAAAUAUUGGGACUUCAGCCAGCAAGCAGCGUCGUUUUUAGUAACUCGAUUCUUUCAGAUGACAAUCUCAACCAGUUCCUGACGACAGGGUCGUCAGGUUCGUUACUUGACCAACCCAAAACUAAAAGAAGAGUUUCUGACGGUUCGCAGUCUCUUGACAAAUGUUCUUUAGAAAGUUCAGUGACUGUAAAACAUGAGCCUCAUUUAAGUGACGGUGAUACCAGCUGUAAAGAAGAAACUAGAAAAGAGAACGUAGAACUGGAAGGCCAAAAUUACACAAAAUCGAUACAGUGUUCACCGACUGAUCUAAUAAAGAAGGCAGGUUCCAAAUACUGUAGGUUUUGUGACAUAUCAUUCAAUUACUUACCAAGUUUCAUCGCUCAUAAAAAAUAUUACUGUGUCUCUCACUCUCGAGAAAAUAUCUCUCAAGAAUCAUGAUGUUCAGUGCAAUAUAUUUCUUCUUUUUUUUACGCGUGAGUGUUUAUGUCUGCUUACUGUUUGCAAUAAAACCAGUAAAUAAUUUAAACUAGAAGGGUAGUGUAGAGCAUUACUGCUGAAUGCUUCAAUUAUUUAUUACUUUAAAUGCGUGUAAUACUUCUUCACCAGAAUAAUUUGAAACGUGUGGAAUGUGUAAACAUAUUUUGUUGAUCAGAAAGUUCUUUGUGACAACGUGCCUUUUUCACCAGAUUGUGAUAUAAAAUUUACUAAUAAGGCAAUAGGCUUAUUACAUCACGCCAAAUCAUUUGAAUAUUCGUAUAUUUUGGUUUCAUUUCUAAAAUUUUAUUUUUUAUUUCAUCAACAGCGACAUCUGUUGCGCAUUUUUUGCAUAAUAGUCAGUACAUUAUUGCAAUCUCUCUCUUUCUCUACCAAGCCUUUUUUUUUCUAAAACGUUUAAUUCAAUACUAAUUUUAUGUCAAUGGAAACACUCUAUAAUUACUCCUAGUGAGUAAAAUAUAAGUUUGCUUCUUGUUACCUAAUCUGUAAUGCUAGUCACUAAAUGUAUUUGUGUUUUGUAUAUUUGGCAAAGUUAUAUAGACUGUCUGCCAUCGUUCCUAAUUUUGAAUUACUAAUCAUAAGGAAGGUAGACAUUCAGAAACACCUUCUCACCGACUAUCUACGCUCAGGGAUUGAUUUCUACUGUUAUGAAGAACCCCACACAGUUUACAGCACGAAGAAUAUUUCAUGAUAUCAUACGAAUACGAUUUUUUAUUUUUCUGUUUUAGCGCAAAAUUACAUGUAAGCUAUCAGCGCUCUGUCGGGAAUCGAACACCAGAUUUUAGUGUUGUAUGUCCCUAAACUUACUGAUAGCAUACUGGCGGACCACGGAUUCGAAUCCAAAACUCCACCACAAUGCCAAAACCGCGUCCCAUGUCGCUAAAAUAGUAUUAGAAACUGGUAAUUGUUACUAACAUAUAUAAAAGAGUCUAAACACGUUUUUUGUUUCCAAUGUUUCCAAAAAGGAAAUAAGCGUCUAUUGUGUUUGGCCCACUGGUUAGCGUAUCGGACCGUGGUUCUGAGAUUCCGUGGAUUGUGCCACGUUACCACACUUUAGGGCCUGGGUGUGUCAAAUCCUGUUAUUCGUUUAGAGUAGCCCAAGAGUUGACGGUGAGUGGUGUUGACUAAACGUCUUCCCUCUAGCCUGCUACUUCAAAAUUAGGAGCAGCUAUAGCAGAUAGCACUUGAGAAA